AUGGGGCUGACGCUGAGGCUGCGGCUGCGGGUGCUGUGCGCGGGGCUGCUGUUAGCGGGGCUGCCGGCGGAGCUGGGCGCGCAGAGCGCCCCCGAUGCAGCAGCGGUGCCCCGGGGCGGGCCGGGCGGCGAGUACGGGGUGAAGCUGUGCGGCCGGGAGUUCAUCCGCGCCGUGAUCUUCACCUGCGGCGGGUCCCGCUGGAAGCGAUUGGCCCUGCAGGCGGGGGAGCCGCUGCCUGGCGCUGAUUCUGCUCAAGCCACCAGUAACAAAGAACUGGAGAACUUGAAGUUGCAGUCAUUCGUAGGUCCUGGAGUGGAGCAGCUGCAGAGAGCCAGUGUACCACUUGGACAGCUGACAUUGAAGGAUUUGUUUAGUUUAUAUGAUUAUAACGACUACGUACCCAUGUCAGAUGACUUCAGUGAAUAUGUUCGUCAGGUUGAGGAUGCUGCCUGGAAGAACAGAGGUGGAACAGGGCUUGCCAAUCCCAUGGGGUCAAACAGUUUUCCUUGGGCCAAGUAUCCUAGAAGAAAACGAGACUUCUCAAUGGGGGUGGCAGGAGUGUGCUGCAAAUGGGGCUGUACCAAAGCUGAGAUCAGUACACUAUGCUGAGAUUAAAAUUGUGUUUCUGUAUUUAUUUUAGACAUAUGAACUCAAUGUUAGUUGCAGUGAUGCCUGAUCAAGUACUGCAUGUAGGGAGCAAAACAGUUUCAAUAACAUGGCAAUUUUGUCUGCAAGCAGCUGUAUAUGUUACUGUUUUUUCUCUAAAAACUCACAAAUUUAUGGUAAUUAGAACUUUGUUUUGCUGCAGUAACCUUUGCUCUGUGUUAGUAAACCUUUACUUUCUGUGUUUUAAGGCUUUGUCUUUAAAAUUAUAAGACGACUUUCACACCACCUCUUUGUAACACUUCAGGGAGAAACCUCAAUGGUAAUUAAAGUAUGUUACACUAUAUAAAUGCUAUAGAGUUGUUUUUCCCCUUCCAUUGGGAACAAUACCUAGAGAAUCCAUUAAAGAGCUGAGACUGACCAAUUCUAGCUGAAAGGGUGUUCUGUAACUUGAAACUCAAAUAAAACCAAGUUGGCUGUUGCACCACUUAAUGGAAGACCGUAAAGUAUAACUGGCUUCUAUGCCACACUAACAGAAGUAGUAAGAGGAUUUAGUGCAACAUUCAGACCAUCUCCGUCCAAUUACAGAAUUAUUUCCUAAAUACCACAUUUUAAAACAAAAUUUUCCUUGUUCAGCUUAAACUUUCCUUUGACUUCUUUCCUACUUGUAUAUCUCUAUACUGCCCUGAAUAAUUAAUCUCUGGUUGAAGAAUUAACAUCUCAAGGAAUCUAGGUUUAUCUUGUGUCAUCUAUUCCUCACUUGUUAUUUAGGCAAGCUGUUCGAUAUUUAGCACUCUUAAUCUAUUUAUAUUUAUUCUAUGAACGCCUUCCAAUUUAUCUACAUUUCUAGAAUACUGCAGUAUUCAAUUGUGUGCAAUAUUCCAGAUGUACUGUUGAAUUACUAACUACUAUUUCAUUUGUCUUCCACUGUUACUUUUCUCUUAAUGGUCGUGGUGUCCAGAUUUUUUUCUUUAUUCUCUUCAGAUAUACUAACUUACUUUCUUCUAAUAUUUGUAACCAUUGGAGGUCCCUCUGAAUUCUGGUAUUUACAAUGCAUCUUCACUUAUUGUAACUUUGAAAUUAGUGUUAUAAACCUCCUACUUCGAGACUAGUGAAAAUGGCAGUGAAUGGUUGCCACUGUAAGUACCAGACCUAACACCAAUUGCUGUAGCACUACACUUAUUGAAGACUAUUUAUGAUGACUGUUUGUUUAGUCUUUCAGCUAGUUAACAAUCCAUGUACAUUUAACAAUUAAAUUUGAUAAUUUAAACAAAUGCUUCACUAAAUCAAUAGUAUAUCUCCUACGUUCCCUCCAUCCUCAAAUUUUGUAGUUAUUCCCAUCAAUUAGAUUUUACUGAUAGAGUGAAAACUCCACAGUAUUUUAAGAGGAUGGGAAAAACAGCUGUUAAAUGUGGAUAUCAUCCUUUAGCUUUCAUAACAUUUACAUUUCAAUGGGAUGGCAAUUUAUAGCACCAACUGUUAAAUAUGCUUUUC